AUGGCGCAGAAAAAGAUGUUAUGCUUUUUUAUGUUUGAAAGUUUGUUAGAUGAUACUGAGGAUGAAUUUACAUACGAAUAUAGUAACUUCUUACUUCUAACCGGGGCCGUUCUCCAUCAUUGCACAAAAGCGGUGUCACCACGAGUACCCGGUUAUGUUGAAAAUGUUAUUCCUCUGUUUUCUACAGACAAUUUUCGGUACCAUUAUCGUAUAAGCAAAGAAAUGUUCGAGGAAAUACUCGUCAAUAUUGGUGCCUACCUCACAUCUAACCACGGCGGGGGCAUUGAAGGGAUUCCUCCAUCUAAGCAACUACUUGUAUUCAUGUGUUAUAUGUCAAAUAAAGUGACAAUGCGAGAAAUUGGUCAUUACUUUGACAUAGGACAAUCCACAGUGCAUGGUGUGUUGAAAAGGGUCAACAGCGCAUUCAACGAAAACCUUUCGAAGAUUAUCCAAUGGCCUGAUUUCAUCGAGCAACAGAGAAUUGCACAACACUUUCAGCUUCAAUCUGGGCUUCCAGACAUAAUAGGUGCUCUGGAUGGGACGCACAUAAGAUUAUCUUCUUGCAUUGGUGGAGAUAACGACUAUAUUAACAGGAAACAUUACCCCUCAAUACAACUCCAGGUAGUAGUUGACGAUGAUUUAAUGUUAAGGGACAUAUACACUGGUUGGCCGGGGUCAACUCACGAUGCUCGCGUACUACGAAAUUCAAGUCUUUUUACCAAUGCUACAGCUGGACAGUACUUUGACGUGAAUAAGUAUAUAAUAGCAGACAGUGCAUAUCCAUUAAAAGCUUGGUUAAUAACUCCGUUUAAAGACAACGGUCGCUUAAACAUAAAUCAGAGGAGAUUUAAUCGAGUUUUGUCAUCUGCAAGACAGGUAGUAGAGAGGGCUAUUGGUCAUCUAAAACAACGGUUUCGGCGACUACAAGAAGUAACGACUAUAAGAAUACAUGACUCUGAUGAGAUUGUCAAGACAAUUGUAUCUGGCUGCAUACUACACAAUCUUUGUAUCUUGCAUCAUGAUAGUGUGGAAGAUUUCUUAACAAAUGAUCCUAACGAUGGCAAUGGACACCCUAAUAAUUACCCCAACCUGUACCCUGAUGGAAGAGAUGGGGUGCAAAAGAGGAAUCAGCUUGUUCAGGGACUUCCAUGA